AUUAGUGAUCUAGUACAUUUCAUGAUUCGUGCUCAUGUUUUGACAGAUUCGUUUCUUUCCAUUGUUAGGAUGUAAAUAGAAAAUUCCGAUCAUUCCAGUAUAGUUUUUAAUCUUUACUCUCCCAAUGAGUUUACCGUAUUGCAUUUGGGGCUUGUGCGAUUCAAACCAAUACUGUUGUGGCGACAAUUUCUGUUGCGAUGAAUCUGAUUUUAACAUUUUAUUCUUAACACUCAUCAUCUUUGGGAUCAUUAUUAUAACGGCAACGUGCGGCACUUGUUUCUACUGUAAUCCUCGACGAAUGUAUACUCCUAUUCUUAACAAAUACUUUCAGAUCAAUUAUACGUUAAUGUUCAACGAGCAGCAGCAGCAGCAACAACAACAACAACAACAACAACAACAGCAGAAGACUAAAGCAAGCACUGCAAUGAGUCAGGAGCCUAUGGUGAUGGAAGGUUGCAUAGUAUAAAUUGUAUUACAAUAAACUUUGUUUGCACUUAUA